AAUGACUUAUAGAAUUCUAGAACGUUGAUAUCAAUCUUCAAUUGCCGUUUCAAUGCUGUGAUUAUUUAAUUAAGACCCCGCGGAGGGACAAGAAACCACGUUCUCGACCUGGAGUCUUCUCAACCUGUUUGCUCUCAUCUUCUCCUUUUCUUUCUCCCUAGAAAUCUCGGACAGCUGGUAUCAUACGAUUGUAUCACGAAAAGAGAAGGCCAAAAUGGAAUUCGAUCCUCAAACCCCGCAGUUUCACACCUCCGACAGCUCGAGCUUCGGUUACAUAUCUGCUCAUGAGCGAUGGCCGGUUAUCCUGACCGGCGCCAUCGACGACCUCCACCGUACCGUGGGCGACGUGACCGACGAGGGGAAGCGGAAAGAGGGCAAGGUUAUUAUAGAGAACCUAGCCAAGUUGAAAUAUGAAUUGCAGCAUGAUAGGCAAUUGACACCGAUUCCGGAUGAUGGACUGGAGCCAACGGCCGCUGAGUAUAACAAGGAGUUGGAGCAGAGAGGGAACUUGUCGUGGUGCAAUGGGCCGUGGUUGUAUAUGGAGUGUUAUAUGUACAGACGUUUAAGCACAUUCUUCGCGCAGUCCAAGCACUGGAAAGGAUACGAUGUUUUUGCUCGCCAGAAGAUGUCCACGUUCAAGUCCUCUCGACCCGCCGUGCUAGAACUCGCAGCCAGAUACAAGGAGCUCGCCCUCGAAGCCGAGAAAGGCGAGGGCAAGGACGGAAAGACAACAGAGCAGGUCGAGCAAGCAAGACGAGUUCUGUUUUCGGAGAUGUGCGAGAUUUGCCUGUGGGGCAAUGCGACGGAUCUGUCCUUGUUGACUACGCUUACCUACGAGGAUUUGCAGAAGUUGCAGGGCUCGCAGGCGCGCAAGGCGGCGGAGAAGAACAUCCUUGUUAAUGAUAUAGAUGCUGCGUUUGAUGUUCUGCAGAAGGCGCAGAAGGAGAAGAAGGACCAGGAGCGUCGGGUGGAUAUUGUGCUUGAUAACUCUGGAUUUGAGCUUUUCGUCGACCUCAUUCUUGCGGGUUACUUGCUCUCUGCGGGUAUUGCGACUAAGGUUGUGCUGCACCCCAAGUCGAUCCCGUGGUUCGUGUCGGACGUUACUCCUCCAGACUUCCCGGACCUUCUCAACGCCCUGAAAGAUGCGCAGAACUUCUACACAGCCCCCGAUGAGACUGGCAGAGAGAACCAGUCUCUCUCUGAAAAGGAAUUGGACGAGGUGAACUUCCUUUACAACCAAUGGAGCCAGCUUCACCAGGACGGGAAAAUGGUCAUUCGACCUGAUCCGUUCUGGACUGGCGCCGGAUCCUUCUGGCGCAUGCCUCACACCGCACCUGAACUGUUUGAAGAUCUCAAGAACAGCGAACUGGUCCUGCUCAAGGGUGACCUGAACUACCGCAAGUUGACCAAUGACGCCGACUGGGACCCAACAACCCCAUUCACAACCGCCAUUGGUCCCCUAGGUCCCAAGUCCGGCCUGCGUGUUCUGGCUUUCCGGACCUGCAAGGCAGACGUUGUUGUUGGUCUUCCUGCUGGUGUGGAUGAGGAGCUCCGUCAGACACCUGGAGGAGGUGGUGAUAAGAAGCGGGAGUGGGCCUGGACUGGGAAGUGGGCUGUUGUUUCUUUCUGUGAUGGGAAGGCUUAGCUUGUACGGGCUUUGAUUGUUUUGGCAAAAUGAUAGAUAUAGAUAAUGCGUACAUACAGUGACACAGAAAGUCACCGUCCAUUUUGCUGUAAUUAAGCUAGUCUGAUAACCUGAAACACUUAGAUGCAAUAAACACAUGAGUGGCAUAGUCAUUGACAUGAUUACCCACCAUAAUUAGGG